GCAGUAGGCCCCGCCCCCGGGUCUCUGCGGGCGCCCAAGAUGGCGGGCGGCGACGGCGCGGGGCCCGGCGGGGUUCCCAUGGCGACGGAGCCCUUCCGCUGCCCGCUCUGCCGCCGCACCGCUUUCUCCGGCCGCCGCGGCCACCUCUACAGCGCCGGACACCAGCGCAGGCUCCGGGCCCUGCUGGCCCGCCUGCGGGAGAAGGUGGAGGCGGCCCGCAGGACGGUGAGGCGAGCCGUGGUGGCCCCCUACGACCCCCCGGAGCACGACCGGCCCUUCUGGUGCCCCUGCUGCGCCCGCGAGGUGAGGCGGCACCUGAGCCACGGGGCGGUGGCGGCGCUGCACGGCGGCCUGCUGGAGCACCUGGCCAGCCCUGAACAUAGAAAAGCAGUCCAUACGUUCUGGUGGGAGAACAAAGCAGACCCCAGCCUGAAGUCCCAGUUCCUGAUUUCCUCCGAGGAUUACGAGCUCUUCAAGGCUUCCCUCACCAAAGCUCUGGAUACUUAUGAAGCAGGCAAGGAUGAAGUCAUUCAGCAGAUGGCAGCUCAUAUCCGAAAGGUGGAAGAGAGCCGACAAGAAACGGUGCAGGCUUCCUUAGAGCCACAGACGGAGACAGAGCUGUUCAAAGAAGUUGCUGUUGUCAAGACCAGUGCAGGGACCCAAAGCGAUUUCUCAUUCGCCGGUGAAGACAGUGCACAGCCAGGCCCGAGUGGAAGUGCAACCUCUGCUAAAGAACAGCUUGGAUCUCCCUGUAGUACCAUACUUGAGCUCGACUGGCAGGAAGCAGGGCAGUCCUUAACGUUUAUUGGUCACCAGGGAACCCAAGGGAAGGGUAAUGUGCACACAGGAGCCAAACCUCCUUGGUUGCUGGAAGAGGAGAUCAGCCAGGGGCAAAUUGGACCUUCAUAUGAAGAAUUUCUCAAGGAAAAAGAGAAAGAGAAGCUGAAGAAGCUCCCACCUGGUCGGGUUGGGGCCAAAUUUGACCACACUUCCCAGACAGGAGAAGGUUGGCUUCCUUCCUUUGGGCGGGUGUGGAACCACGGCAGGAGGUGGCAGUCAAGACAUCAGUUCAAAGCUGAAGCAGGACAGAAGAAACCAAAAAGGAGAAAGAGCCAAGUGCCAGAGUGCUUAUAAAGUGGAGCCUGUAAUAAUCCUCCCUUUGGAUUCUAACCUCUAGACAGAGCACAGCCUCUGAGGAAGAGCAUGCUUGUCCUUUGUUGUAUUAGAUGUUCCUGUAAAUCCUGUGCUUUUCAAAACAAUAAACUGCAAGUAUAAUAAA